AUGUGUGCUGCUCUUUGUUUGUUUUUUCUGCCUACCAGAGCUAGCAAUGCCAUAUUCACAGCUCUGGAACAAAGCCAAGACGCCAUAGAGAUCACUUCUGAAGAUCAAGUUAUUCAGUAUGUGAAUCCUGCCUAUGAGUCCAUCAUGGGCUACCAACAAGGCGAGCUUAUAGGGAAGGAGAUAAUAGAAGUGCCUAAAAGUGAGAAGAAUAAGCCUGAUCUUCUUGAAACGAUAAACUCCUGUAUACUAAAAGGAAAGGAGUGGCAGGGGAUUUAUUAUGCCAAAAAGAAGAAUGGAGACAACAUUCAGCAAAAUGUGAAAAUCACACCUGUAAUCGGACAGGGAGGAAAAAUCAGACACUAUGUGUCUAUCAACAGGCCUUUGAAUGAUAAUAAUAAGAGUGAAAAAUCCACUGAACGCGUGCAGGCCGAGUCGCAAACAGAUAUACAAUCCAGUAAGCACAAAGACCGAAGGAAAGGCUCUCUGGAUGUCAAAUCCAUCACGUCUCGAGGGAGCGAUGGGAGCUCGCAGAGAAGACACUCCUCGAUGGCCCGAAUUCACUCCAUGACCAUAGAGGCUCCCAUCACUAAGGUCAUAAACAUCAUAAACCAAGCACAGGAAAGCAGUCCUAUGCCUGUGGCAGAGGCCUUGGAUCGAGUACUGGAAAUCCUUAGGACUACAGAGCUGUAUUCCCCCCAGCUGGGCACCAAGGAUGAAGAUCCCCACACCAACGACCUUGUUGGAGGGUUGAUGACGGACGGUUUACGGAGGUUGUCAGGAAAUGAGUACAUCCUCGCCACAAAGCAACCCCACCAUCUGCCGAGUCACCUGGCAACUCCCCUGUCGUUAAACGACAUCCCCCCUCGGAUUGCUCAGACCAUGGAAACUGAAGCAUCAUGGGAUUUCGACAUCUUUAACCUGGAGGCUGCAACCAUGAAAAGGCCUUUGACCUUUUUAGGUCUGAAGAUUUUCUCCCGCUUUGGGGUGUGCGAGUUUUUAAACUGCCCUGAAGCUACUCUGCGCUCCUGGCUGCAAGUCAUUGAGGCCAACUACCACUCCAGCAACUCCUACCACAACUCUACCCAUGCUGCUGAUGUCUUGCAUGCAACUGCCUAUUUUCUCUGCAAGGAGAGGGUCAAGCAAAGUUUGGAUCCCAUUGACGAAGUAGCUGCUCUGAUUGCUGCCACUGUGCACGAUGUGGACCAUCCGGGCCGGACAAACAGCUUCCUGUGCAAUGCAGGAAGUGAGCUGGCCAUCCUCUACAAUGACACAGCUGUGCUAGAGAGCCACCAUGCUGCCCUGGCCUUCCAGCUCACAACGAGAGAUGAUAAGUGCAACAUUUUCAAGCACAUAGAAAGGAAUGAGUAUCGAACAUUAAGACAGGCCAUCAUAGAUAUGGUCCUCGCUACGGAGAUGACCAAACACUUUGAACACGUCAAUAAGUUUGUGAACAGCAUCAACAAGCCGCUGGCUGCUCUGGAAGAGAAUGGGGGAAACAGCGAUGAAGAAUCUGUCAAAAGCGUCCUGACGUCCCCUGAGAACCGCAUCCUCGUCAAGCGGAUGCUGAUCAAGUGCGCAGACAUCUCUAAUCCAUGCAGGCCUUUGGAGCUCUGUAUAGAAUGGGCUGGGCGCAUCUCAGAGGAGUAUUUUGCACAGACAGAUGAAGAAAAGAGACAAGGUCUACCAGUGGUCAUGCCUGUGUUUGACAGAAACACAUGUAGCAUCCCAAAGUCCCAGAUUUCCUUUAUAGACUACUUCAUCACAGACAUGUUUGAUGCAUGGGAUGCUUUUGCGGACCUCCCUAAUCUUAUGCAGCACUUGGACAACAACUUCAAGUACUGGAAAGGCCUUGAUGAGCGGAAGCUGCACAGCCUGCGACCGCCUCCAGAGUAGCUGCUGCAUCGUUGGGACCCUUGCACGCACCUGAAACCAGGGCAGAACCUUCUUUCCGCCUGCUAGGGCGUCUCUCUACCUGUCGGCCCAGGCCACACAGGACGUCCUCGCCUCCACUCUCUUGCUUCUGUAGCACGCAGAGGGCCGACAUGUCCGUCCACAACAGAAACCCACAGAGAGACUUCCUGACACUGUUGAAUUGCUGGUGGAUAUACAAGCCUGUGUGAUUGGAACUGUGACCGUCGAACAAGGACAUCCAGCAUAUGUACUUCUACACUCGCAGUGUAGCUGUUGGCAUGACUGAAAGAGGGGCGAGGGUCCUCACAGGUCCUGUGGCAAUGCAUUCAUCCUUUGAUUAUCACGGAGGCACUCCCGGGUGCCUGCGAAGUUGCUGUUAGGACUUCAAAACUGUGUCUACACCACGUAAAGCCGUGUAAUCACUUUAGGCGUCUAGCUUCUGCACUCGCAGCGAGGCAGGGACGCUCCUAGAAACUUUUGGAGGCCACGUUCAUGAAAGUACACUCCGCCGCUUAUCUUUUGUUUGUUUGUUUUCAGACAAUAUUUCCACGUGUUCUACAGUCACACAAAGUUGACACAAAGCUGUAAUAACAGCAAUGAGAGCAGAUUCUUCCUUCAUCUGGGUUGGACCUUAGUCCCAGGCCACUGCUCUUAGAAAAAAAAAGAAACUCUAUAUCCUGGUCAUAGAUAUCUAAUUAAAGGUUAUUUGGUAUGCUAGUUUUUUUUUUUCUUAAAGGUUUCAUAUUUCCUAUAUUAAAAUCCACCAACAAAUUAGUACAAAGGUAAGAACAGAAUAAUGAAAUAAAGCCAAAGCUAUUAAAGUCUAGCACUACUAUAACACUCAGAAAGAAAUUUAUAACUAUUAGUCAUGCAACCUUAUUAAGCAUUUUUAUUUUCUUAUCAAGAUUACAGUACCAGUUUGAAUAGACGAAUGAACCCUUUUGUAUUGCACUGUAUACAAUAUUCAAAGUGUCUACGUCUCACUGAUUUGUGCAGGAACGGGAUGUUGCAUUGGAGAAUAAGCUGUCUUUCUGUUGAUCAUCAGGAGAUCGCCUGCUUGUGUGAACGCGUGUGGGAGUGUGUUUUUUUUUGUUUUGUUUCUUUCUUUUUGGUCGUUGGUGUGUGACUGCACAGGUGUGUUCAUUAUUGCAGCAAUCCCAUACUCUUGGUUUGAUGCUGUAAAACACGCUUGACAUUUUGACAACAGUAGAAAUAUGUGAAGAAAAAAAAAGUUUUGGACUUGAAUAAUUUUUUUUUUUUUUUUUUUGGUCCUCCCAGAUUUUUUUUGUAUCUGGUUUAUCCUACUGAAAAAAAAGACUGCCUUAUUUUGUACAAUAUUUAUACAGUACACCCCACUGUGCAACUGCAACGGACAUCUGGAGUUUUUUCUUAUAACACAGUCAGAAGGUUACCUUCAAGUAAAUCUCAAUAUUUUUAUAGACGAUGAAUUUUACACUGGAUUUGAAGCAGAUGAGAUCAACCAUAAUAGCUAUCUGAACACCUGUGAAGGAGAAAGCCACACAGAAGGUGCAUAUGGAGCUGAAAGGUAAAGCAGGAUGAGGAUCGCAGCGUUGUCUAUCACUGUCUUUAAAGCAGUCUCCUGGAGGCCUGCUUGCAUUGAUUUCCUUUUUUUUAUUAUUAUGAUCAAACAUCACUCUAUUUUUGGCCAAUCAUCCAACAUCCUUAUGCACAGACCCGGGUAACUUAUUUUUUGUUAAAGAUUGAAUUCAUAUUAGGAUACUAAAACAUGGAUGCUUCAUAAAAAGAUUUUCUCUUUAAACAGUAUAUAAAUGCCAUAACAGCUAAGCAAGUACUGGUUAAAGAGAUGCAUUAACCACCAUUUAAUUUUGUUUCUCUCUUAUGACAGAAUUGUACACUUAAUCAGGGGAUUUGUUUGUUCCUUCUGAUUCACAUUUUGGUCUGAAGGCACGGGGGAUAAUAGAAACUAUUCAAUGAAAAAUAAAAUAAUGUCAACUACA